AUGCAAGAGGAGCCGGAGGCCAACUGCAGCGAGAGCCGGCGGCUGCAGCGCCUCUUGAGCCGCCUGUGGCAGGAACUGCGUGGCGGGGGCGCCGGGGGGCCCGACCCCGUCAGAAGCGCCCCUUCCAGCCCCGCCGCGCGGGCCCCGGGCGAGGACGACGCCUACCUGUACAUCCUACUGAUCAUGAUCUUCUACGGCUGCCUGGCGGGCGGGCUGAUCCUGGCUUACACGCGCUCGCGCAAACUGGAGUCCAAGCACGAUCCCUACCACCUCUACAUCGAGCGCGACUGGGAGGCAGCCGGGAAGGGGGUCCCUACCAGCCCGAGCGAGCGCAGCAGCAGCGGAGAGAGCGAGCCCCAGUGA